AUGACAAACUACCUUAUUGAUACAGAUAGCCUGUUUGCUGUCACAGCAGCGGCUACUAAAGCCACAGCUCGCGCCUCCUUUGGCUUUGCAUUCCAUCAGUCCGAAAUAGCCCCCCUUUCACACAAUAAUCUCGGCACACAGUGGACCUGGUUCAUUCCGGCUUUCUUGUCUUUGGCAUUUACGCCUCUGCCCUUCAUCUUCCUCCGAGUUGGCUCGAAACUGCGCGCUCAAUCCAAGUUUGCUAAUGAGGCCAAGAUACGACUAGCAAAGCUGCAGGAAGUACGCCAGAAUGUGGAGAAAUGGGUUGAUAAUAAACAAACCGCUGAUAAUACAAUAUCCUCUGACACAAAGACUGUCGAGACUCAAAAGUUCGUCAGUGCCAUCUUCACAAAUCAGAAGGUAACGCUGUUGACAAUGCAGUGUCUGGCUCCAACUGAACCCACUCCGUCCGGCUCGUCGUCAAAACACGGGAUCUUCCUGCUGGGGAAGGCUUUCAAGCUUAGUUCUGUAUUUGACUCGCCUCGCCUCAUUCAGCCAAUGUUCAUGGUGUAUAGUUACAAUGUACGGUAUUCAGCUAAUUGUAAUGUUCUGACGCGGAUGGAAGGUCGUUUUGUUGAUGAUGUCGGGGACAGAUAA